CAGGCGGGUCUCGAACCCGCAGGCUCAGGGCCGACGACUGCUUUUGCGCUUCCCGGAAGCUGGACGCAGUGGCCAUCGAAGCCAAGUUUAAGCAGGACCUGGGCUUCCGGAUGCUGAACUGUGGGCGGACGGACCUAGUGAAGCAGGCGGUGUCUCUGCUGGGGCCCGACGGGAUCAACACCAUGAGCGAACAGGGCAUGACUCCCCUGAUGUACGCCUGUGUCCGUGGGGACGAGGCGAUGGUUCAGAUGCUGCUGGAUGCUGGAGCUGACCUGAACGUGGAGGUUGUCAGUACUCCUCAUAAAUAUCCAUCCGUCCACCCCGAGACCCGCCAUUGGACGGCUCUGACUUUUGCUGUGUUGCAUGGACAUAUUCCUGUAGUUCAGCUCCUCCUGGAUGCUGGGGCCAAGGUGGAGGGCUCGGUGGAGCACGGCGAGGAGAACUACUCAGAAACGCCGCUCCAGCUCGCAGCCGCAGUAGGAAAUUUUGAGCUGGUUAGUUUGCUGUUGGAGCGUGGUGCGGAUCCCCUGAUAGGAACCAUGUACAGGAAUGGAAUUUCUACAACCCCCCAGGGUGAUAUGAAUUCUUUCAGCCAGGCCGCAGCCCACGGACACAGGAAUGUGUUCCGCAAACUGCUCGCCCAGCCAGAGAAGGAGAAGAGUGAUAUCCUGUCCCUGGAGGAGAUUCUGGCUGAGGGGACUGACCUGGCAGAGACAGCCCCGCCCCCCCUGUGCGCCAGCCGCAACAGCAAGGCCAAACUGAGGGCCCUGAGGGAGGCCAUGUAUCACAGCGCUGAGCAUGGCUACGUGGAUGUCACAAUUGAUAUCAGGAGCAUAGGCGUCCCGUGGACUCUACACACGUGGCUGGAGUCUUUGCGGAUUGCCUUCCAGCAGCACCGCAGGCCUCUCAUCCAGUGCUUGUUGAAGGAGUUUAAGACCAUUCAGGAGGAAGAAUACACUGAGGAGCUCAUCACUCAAGGCCUGCCUCUGAUGUUUGAGAUCUUGAAAGCGAGCAAGAACGAGGUCAUCAGCCAGCAGCUCUGUGUCAUCUUCACGCACUGCUACGGGCCCUACCCCAUCCCCAAGCUCACAGAGAUCAAGCGGAAGCAGACCUCACGCCUGGAUCCUCAUUUUCUUAACAAUAAAGAAAUGUCUGAUGUCACCUUCCUGGUAGAGGGAAGACCAUUUUACGCUCACAAAGUGCUGUUGUUUACAGCAUCCCCACGGUUCAAGGCACUUCUCUCUAGCAAGCCGACCAGUGACAGCACCUGCAUAGAGAUCGGCUACGUGAAGUACCCCAUUUUCCAGCUGGUCAUGCAGUAUCUCUACUACGGUGGCCCAGAGUCACUUCUCAUUAAAAACAACGAGAUAAUGGAGCUUCUGUCUGCUGCUAAGUUUUUCCAGCUGGAGGCUUUGCAGCGACACUGUGAGAUUAUCUGUGCAAAAAGCAUCAAUACUGACAACUGUGUGGAUAUUUACAACCACGCCAAGUUUCUUGGCGUCACAGAGCUCUCAGCAUACUGUGAAGGCUACUUUCUCAAAAACAUGAUGGUCCUCAUCGAAAACGAAGCCUUCAAGCAGCUGCUAUAUGACAAAAAUGGAGAAGGGACGGGCCAGGAUGUGCUCCAGGACUUACAGAGGACGUUGGCCAUCAGGAUUCAGUCCAUCCACUUGUCAUCGUCCAAAGGUUCCAUUGUGUGAAACGCCCAGUGCAGCGAAUGCUUCCCGGGAACUUUCCAGUUCUCCUGCCACAUUGGCUUCGCACAGACUCAUACAAAUUCCACCUGGCGUCUGUCUGUGGCUGGGCCUAGGAGCUGUCUCUACUGCCUCAGCUUCUCUUGAAUAAGCAACGUCAGCUCCCCUGUGUUCCUGUUGAGAAACAAAGGACAUUCCACUGGUCUGCAGAUUAGGCCGGCGGGGUCCAGAGCUUGAAGGGCAACAUGAGGGCAACCAAGCCAACCCCAACCC